AGACUUCAAACAUGGCUUCCAUCCCCAGUUUGGCUCCAUUGGCUCCAACGCCGCCGGCGUGCUUGACAACGGCAAGAACGCGUCGCACUACACCUACGGUGUGCGCAAGCUCAACGUGACCACCAAGGCCGCCAACGGCGUCAAGUUCACCACCGAGGGUGAGCAGGAUGAUGCUGGCAAGAUCGACGCCUCGGUCGCCGCCACCAUGGACUGCAAGAAGAUGGGCCUGACCUUUACCGAGAAGUGGUCGUCGUCGAACGCCAUCGACAUCAAGGCUGUUGCCAAGAACGUCGGCACUGACGGCGUCAAGGUCACCGUCAAGGGCAAGUUCGACGAGGGCGCCAAGGCCCCGAUCUCCGGCUCGGUUGAUGCCUCGUUCGCCAACGACCUCGUUGCUGGCUCGCUCGAGAUCAAGGCCGACUCGGGUGCCCAGUACUGCGCCUCGGAGGUGAACGGCAACGUGUCGCUCGGCCAGUCCGGCUUUGUCGGUGGCGUCAAGGGUGGCUACUCGCUCGCCAACGGCGCCAAGCCCGUCGACGUCAAGCUCGGCUACGCCACCAACGACUUCCAGGCCACCUUCCUCCUCAACAAGAACUUUACCGAGUUUGGCGUCAACUACCACCAGGCCGUCAACGACAAGCUUGCUGUCGCUGCCCAGAUCGACCUCAAGGAUGCCCCCAAGAAGGACGCCGCCGCCGCCGCCGGUGCCUCCUCGGUCCCCAAGAUCGAGGUCGGUGCCGUCUACAAGUGCUGCAAGGGCACCACCUACCGCGUCAAGGUUGACUCGGACGGCAACCUCGGCACCGUCUACGGCCAGGACAUCUCCGACAACAUCUCCGUCGCCUUUGCCUUUGGCCUCGACCUCGGCCAGGCCCUCAACUCGGGCGCCGCGGGCAAGGCCGGCUUCUCGCUCAACUUUAACGCCUAAGCGAAGCUGUCAAUGCCUCCGUCCCCGUCCUCCUCCCUCGUCCUCCUUUCCCGCUCUCCCCCGCUCUUUAGGGCGCUUCCUGUUCAUCGUCACUCAUUGAACGCUUCCGUGUCGGACUCUA